UUCAUUUUUAUCAGAAAGCAAUCAACUGCAAGUAUUAGAACAGCUGCUCCAACAGUCUCCAAACCACACACAACAAAAUGUUUGCCAAGUUGUUCAUCGUCGCCCUUGUCGUUGUCUGCGCUUCGGCUGGAUAUCCACUUCCUAGAGGCCGCUCUCUUGAGUUCCCGGUGGCCUACACUGCAGGUGCUGUGUCCCCCGUUGCCUACAGCGCCCCAGUUGCCUCGUACUCGACCUAUUCCGGCUCUCCAGUUACCUACUCGACGUACUCCGGCAGCCCCCUAGCCUAUAGUGCCUACAGUGCCCCAGCGCUGCGAUCUUCAUUCUAUUACAGAAGGGUUGAGUUGUUGGUGUGGGUGUGUGUUGUGGAUUGGUAUAAAAACCAUCCUCAACUCCAACAGUGGCAUCAGUCGCUUCCAAGCAAUCUAACAAACAAACCUUCCAAGCCUUUCGAACGUCAGAGUUCUCCACAAAACCCAACAAGCAUCAUGUCUGCCAAAAUUGUGAUCUGCCUGGCUGUGUGCGUGUUCGGUACUGCUUCGGCUGGUGUUUUCCCAGUGGCAGCUCCACUGGCUGCGGCAGGAGUCGUCGCACCGUACGCCACCUCCUACAACGCACACACCGUCAACCAUGCGGUAGCGGCUCCGGUCGUUGCGGCUGCUCCGGCCGUCGUUGCUGCCCCGGCGGCACGCUUCGUUGCUCCGGCAGCUCCUGCUCUGGCCUACACUGCCGCUGGACUGCCAGCCUACAGUGCUUACACUGCCGCCGGUCUGCCAGCCCUCAGCGCCUACUCGGCCUACACUGGACUGCCCGCUCCGUACGUGUUCUAAGGCACGCGUUGAAGCAGAAACACAUUGGCAUUGACUGAACAUUGGGGUUCUGUCGAGACGAUGCUGAUCGUUCGUAUGGUCGCCACCUUCCUGCAUCUAGGAUCUUUUGUACAUAUCGUUCUUUCCGCUUAACUCAAUUCUUGUCACAAUCAAAAUACAACACCUUUUAAGAAGGAAUGUUCCUAAAAAUGGA